AUGAUUUGGCUAGAAUCAUGGAUGGAUAGAUUGGAUUAUCGAAAUAAUAAUGAUGAUAAUAUAGACUAUUUAGACAAAGUGGAGUGA